AUGUCAUUUUUUAAAAACUUUUAUGCCAAAUUACAAAAUAAGGAAUAUCAACCUCAUACAAGCUCCCUAAACGAACAACUAUCGAUUAUUGUUGUUAUGAUGGAUAAAUUAAUAUUUUCAAAACUAUUCAGUAACUGUGUGUUGAAUAAAUUGAUCUUUGACCAAGUGAAAUCAAUUUCCGCAAGAAAUGGCCGAGUUCAUUAUAAGUGGAAAGAGUUAUUGGUAAAACCACAUGCAUUGGCAGGUCACAACUACUUGGAAUUGUUGGAAAACAGUUUGACAGACAAAAAACAGUUCUACCCUUUAAAGUAUAUCAGGAGUAUAUUUGAGAAGGCGCUAUCCGUUGGUUCAGUGGCGAUGUUGGACUACUUGCUACGACGCUUCCAAGUCAAGUAUGGCGAGGAUGAUAGCACCGUCAGGUAUUCCUCAGUCGAUCCGAAAAUAGAGAUGUAUUCGAAUUUGAACAGUGUUCUCAGUGGAGCUGCACAACAAGGAAGAUUCGAUCUAAUCAACUACCUCAUUGCGACGUUCAACAGUCACCAAUGGAAUUACUUUAGAGCGAUGACAAAAGCACCACUUUCCGGAGACUUUAAGAUUCUAGAUUAUUUCCUAGAGCGAAUAGAAUUGGAUCCAAAGGCAGCUGGUAGCUAUCGUUUAAAUGCUUUCAAUACAGCUGCUUAUUCUGGUCAUAUCGAUAUGGUAAAAUAUCUAGCUUUGAAAAGACCACAGGAUUUAGAGAGUAGUACAAUGUUUCAUUAUGCAGUUUUCGGUGGUCACACUCAGAUGGUUCAGUAUCUACUAGAGGAAUAUCAAGAUCGAUUACCAAAUGAAAAAGAAAUGUUGUUGGACUAUGCCGUUCGUCACAAUUAUUUAGAUAUUGCCAAAGUUUUACAUAAAUAUGGUUGCAGAGAUAUCUUUGGCCAGGAUACUAUGCCGAUUGUAGCAAGUCAUGGUUAUUUAGAUACAUUGAUAUGGUUAUGUCAAAAUACAUCAAGUGAAUGUACAAGUACCGCCAUGGAUUAUGCAGCACGGUCUGGACACCUGGAAACUGUAAAAUGGUUGUAUCACAAUAGAUCUCUGGGGUGUAGUGAGAUGGCAAUCAAUGGAGCUGCUGAAGAAGGGCAUCUAAAGGUUAUUGCUUGGAUUCAUGAGAAUAUGAGUGCAUCUUGUACUACCGAAGCUAUGGAUUAUGCAUCUGGUUGCGAAAGUCUUGACGUUUUGAAAUGGCUACAUUCCAAUAGAACAGAGGGUUGUACAGCUUUGUCAAUGGCAAUUGCGGCUCGAUCAGGUCAUCUAGCUAAUGUUAAAUGGCUACACGAAAAUCGAACAGAAGGAGCGACAGAAUAUGCUAUUGAGGCAGCUGCUACCUAUGGAUUUCUCGAUAUUGUUAAAUGGCUCAGUGAGAAUAGAUCGGAUGGAUCGUCAACAGAAGCAAUGGAUCAAGCUGCAACCAACUGUCAUUUCGAGGUUGUGUGUUGGUUGAAUGAGAAUCGCACUGAAGGAUGUACAUUGGCUGCCGUUGAAAUGGCUGCAUCCAAUGGCGAUUUGAAGAUGGUUAAAUAUCUUUUAGAGAAUACCACUGUCGGCUGUAGUAUUGAAACACUUGGACAUGCUUUACAAAAUGGAGAAUUAGAUUUGAUAGAGUAUCUAUUGGAAAACACCAAAGAAUGUAGAUUGGAAUCGGUUCCCAAUAUAACCAACUAUUUAAGAUCACUAAUUCAGAAAAAUCAAUACCAAACUAUUGAAUUAAUAUUACAACAUAUUGACGUGGGUGUAGAGUUGAUUAAUCAUUAUUUACCACAAUUUCCAUAUUCAAUAGAAUCCAUAGAAAUUCUUGAAAGAUAUAUAAAUUUAAAAAGUAAAUCAAAUAAAUCUUAA